ACUCGAGAAGUGAAAGGUGGUUGUAUGGAGUACCACAUCCAUUUUUGGCUGGGGUCUCGCACAAAUCCAGACAAAUCUGGAGUGGCAGCAUACAAAACCGUCGAACUGGAUAACUUCCUGAACUGUUGUACAACUCAACAUCGCGAGACCGAGGGAAAUGAAAGUCCUAGAUUUUUAAGUUUCUUCAAGAAUGGCCUCAGAAUAUUGAAACCUGAGCUUAUUCAGAACAAUCAAAAUUUUCAAGCGAGGCUCUACAGAGUGAAGGGAAAGAGGAUACCGGUAUUGACAGAAAUGCCAAAACUGUCGUGGGACUUUUUCAACAGUUCCGAUGUCUUCAUAAUCCACACACCAAAAAACAUCUUCGUUUGGAUUGGUAGAGCAGCCAAUGCCAUCAAAAAAUUACACGCAACCAAAAUUUCAACAGACUUGAAAGACGAAUAUAAAGUCAACAACAUCAUAUUCCUAGACGAUGGUUAUGAAAAAACUUUAUCUGAUGAUAUGAGGAAAGAGUUCAGCAAAUAUUUGCCACUAGAGAAGAGAAUGAUCCUCCCAGAGAAUCAGGAUGGGGAUGAAAAUGGAAACUACCAAAGAUCUUCUAUAAAAUUGUAUAAAUGUUCAGAAAAUAACGGAAAAUACAGAGUGGCAGAAGUCGGUGUCGGCCCUUUUCAUCCCUCAGAUUUAAAUCCUGAUGACGUUUUCAUCGUCGAUCACGAAGUAAAUGGAAUUUGGGUCUGGGUGGGUAAAAGAGCGAACGACAAGGAGAGAAGCGAGGCCUUAAGGAAUGCCAGAGGUUUCGUAAAGAAAAAGAAGUAUCCCAGCAACACGAAGGUCACUAGAGUUGUGGAUGGAUACGAGCCCGUUGAAUUUAAAAUGUUAUUUUCGUCGUGGAAGGACGAUCCCAAAGGAGCAAAGCCUUCGAUCCUGGUGUCGAAAUACGACGCCCUGACGAUGGAGGACCGUCCUAGCCUCGCUGCUGAAACGCAACUAAUAGACGACGGAACCGGAAGUCUCACAAUUUGGCGGAUAAAACAGUCGCACAUCGUCGAAAUACCCAAGGAGCGUCACGGCUACUUUUUCUCGGGCGAUUGUUACAUUAUCUUGUACACUUAUCAGACUUCUUCUGAACAAAAGCAUUUGCUCUAUUGUUGGCUGGGUUUACAUGCAGGCCAAGAGGAAAUAAAUAGCACGACUCUAAAGUUAAAUGAAAUUGAUGACGAAUUAGGUCAGUUGGGAUUUCAAGCAAGGAUAAUUCAAGGCCGAGAAACAGCGCAUUUUCUGCAGUUAUUCAAAGGAAAACUGAUUGUUUUUAAAGGAAAGGGAAUUGAAUAUGAUGAUUCGGGAAAAAACUUCAAGAAUCCUUCCCAAUAUCUUAUUCAAGUAUUCGGAUCCACUACAUAUUCAAGUAAAGCGUUUCAAGUCAGCCUUAAAUCCUCCUCGCUUAAUUCAAAUUAUUGCUUUGUAUUAAAAAGAGGAAAGAAGUUGUUUAUUUGGUCCGGCAACUAUUCAACUGGUGAUCAAAGAGAGAUGGCUAAAGGAUUUGCAGGAAAAGAUUUUGAACUUGUACUAGAAGGAAAAGAGAGAGACGAUUUCUUCAAUUUACUUGGGGGUAGGUCCCCUUAUACUACCCAAAUGAUAAAAAAUGAUAGUGAUCCAAGACCACCAAGGCUGUUUCAUUGUAGUUCCACAAGUGGAAUAUUCCAUGCUGAAGAAAUUGUCUUCUUUACCCAAAAGGAUUUGAUACCAGAACAUGUGAUGCUAUUAGAUACAAAUGAUUCCGUUUACAUGUGGAUUGGAAAAUUAAGCACAAGGGAGGAACAGAGGUUGAGUAUACAAACGGCCAUUGAAUACUUGCAAACAGAUCCAGCAGGACGAGACAUGAAUAUAGCCAUAAUACACGUUAAACAGGAAAGAGAACCGCCUACUUUCAGAGGAUUUUUCCCAUCUUGGGAUAAAAAAUUUUGGAAGCUGUACAAGACUUUUUCAAAAAUAAGGCAAGAAAUUGAAAUGAAAAACACAAAUAUUACUAUUAAGGAAAGUAAUGGAAUCAACCACCACGAUAUAUCAGGCCACAGCGAAUUUGAUCAGUACGAUAAAUACCCAGUCAACAUAUUGAAAGAGUCAAAUGACAAGCUCCCGGCAAGGAUAAAUCCAUUAAAUAAAGAAUUGCAUUUAACUCAUGACGAUUUUGUAUCAUUAUUCAAAAUGCCUUAUGUGGACUUUGAAAAACUACCACGUUGGAAGCAGCAGGAAAUGAAAAAGAAAGUUGGCUUAUUUUAGAGUGUAGACAUAGUCAUUACUUUAGUUCCAUUAUACUUGAUAUACAUAUACUGUAUUUAUAGACUUAUUUAUUUUAUUUUACAUGUAUUUCUAGCAAUUUGAUUGUAUUUACAAAUUUUUUAU